GUUUGUUCUUGUUGAUUUAUAUCUCCUCCCCCUUUUUUUAUUUUUGUUUCUUUUCUUCUUCUUUUCUGAUAUUUGAAUGUGUGUGUAAUUAUACCAAUAAAAUGAGCCAACAUCAGCACUCUCCAACAUUGACAUCCUCACCAGCUUCUAUUACAAAACACACACUCAUUUGUUCAAAAUGCAACUUACCACUAGGAGAACAGCUUGUAAGAGCCUUGGACAACGCUUUUCAUCCCGAGUGUUUUACUUGUUGGGAUUGUAACAUACCAGUUGCCUCAAGAUACCUACCACAUCCAACAGAACCGGGGCAACCUUUAUGUGAAAAAGAUUAUUUCAAGCGGUUAGACCUUGUGUGUGCCCACUGUGACGAGGCCUUACGUGGAACGUACAUUAUCGCACUCGACAAAAAAUACCACACAAACCACUUUACUUGCAGCGAUUGUUCUACUGUAUUUGGACCAGAAGAUUCGUAUUAUGAACAUGACUCCAAAGUCUAUUGUCAUUUUCAUUACUCUACUCGAUUUGCUGUAUCUUGCACUGGUUGCGAUAUGUCAAUAUUAAAACAAUAUGUCGAGAUUGAGAAAAAUGAUAGUGUAGAUCACUGGCAUCCAGAGUGUUAUAUGAUUCAAAAGUUUUGGAGUGUUCGAAUCGCACAUCCUACAUUAAAAGAAAAUGAACCUGUUGUAUCUCAAACUUAUAAACCACAGACACCAUUAGAACUACUAAAGACACAAAAAGAAAUGGAAGAAAAGGUAAUCAGUAUUUGGUCUGUUUUGUCUGCAUUUGAAGAAUCAUCCGCCGUUUGUAUAUCUGAAAUGCUCUUGCAUGUCUCUAAUGGUGCUUAUAUUGAGAGCAUUUGUUUGUCAGAACGAUUUCUAGUGCAUGUAGAGGCUUUGUUUGCUGGUAUAGACAAAAUUCAUUGCGUAUAUCUGGAAUAUAAGCAGACAGAAUUCAAAUAUACCAGAGAAGCCAAAAUGCUAUGUAAAAAGAUUAUCAACUUUUUUUCAUUGCUCUCCAGAACAGGCAACAUUGAGAUGAAAAAGCUGGGAAGCACACAAGAGUUAUUGUCACUUGUUACUGGCCUAGCUCAUUAUCUCAAGAUUCUUAUUCGAUUGGCAUUAACAUCGGCCUUGCGCUUGGAAAUCAUAGUUGGAAAGCCUAUUUGCGUUUCGCGUCUACUUGCCAAGCUUAUGGAGAUUCCCGGAAAGGAAAGACAUAGUCGGGAUAGUCAACGUUUGAUUAAACCAAAAAACACAGAUUACUGUCAACUAUGUGGGAUUACUAUUGAAGACCAGUGUAUGCGAUAUGGUGAUUAUCGCUGGCAUAUAAGUUGCUUUAAAUGCAGACAAUGCUCACGCCAGCUCGCUGUUAAUGAAGAUGCUGUUUUCAACUCAACUUCUUGCACUAUUCACUGUCUUCAAUGCACUGGAUUUACCAAAAAAGAAGCAACUCCUUUUGAGUACAUUACAAAGCUAACUCAGUACAGCUUCCUAUUGCGUGUUGCGCUUAGCCGUCUUUGUAACUUACUCCAGAUUACAGACAAUCAACUUUCAUCUGUAGACUAUUCAACCAAACUCAAAUCACCCAACACCAUCUUUAAAGAUGCCAAUGCCAAUGUACAAUUGUCACCUUCUGCUGAAAAACAACUGACUCUGAUGACAGACGAAAGAAUUCAUCAAGCUGAUAUUUUUCCAACAGAAAUUGUGGAUACUAGAAUUGCAAUGUCUUCUACAACAAAACUUGACAGAAAAAUGUCUCGAUCAUUCAAAUCUGCCAAUAAGCGUUCUACCAUUCUUGGUAAUGCAGAUUUGGCUGCAUCUCUUCGUUCUCAAACAGAUACACUCACACGCAAUAUACCUUCAAUUCCUCCUACCCGUAUGGAUAGUUUACAACGCAAUCAGCAGCAACAUGUUAUGGCUCAACACAAAGAUCUCCCUGAAUUGCCACAGACACAACGCAACAUAACUCGUCAUAAGCCAACACGGAGUGUUGGUUUGGAUGAUUUGCCUCAAAUGGUAGCUGAUGUUGUUUCUUCCAAAAAGACUAAUCAUGUGUCACAAAACCUGCAUAUCACCACAGGCACUUCUGGUCGACCACGCAUCUACCUUUCUGAGCUGUCAGCACUUCAAUAUAUGAUUAUUCGAUAUGUAGCUGUGGUUCAGAUUGAAGACAUUGUCAAAAAUUCAUUUUCAUCUGGCGAGUUGUUUAAUUUGAUUGAAACAAAGAAAUCGUCAAUUUGGGGGAAAUUCUUUUCUUUCAAAAAGCAAAAGAGUCAUAUGCCAAAGGCCAAGGAGGAAGGUACUUUUGGUGUACCUUUGGAUCUCUUGACAGAAAGAACAGGCGUGGAAUCAAAUUUGGGUUCUGGACAUUCACCUGUCAAACUAGCAUCAUUUAUUGACGAUUCAAUCACAGCCAUGCGACAAAUGGAUAUGACAGUAGAAGGCGUAUUUAGAAAGAAUGGUAAUAUUAGAAGGUUAAAGGAAUUGACAGAAGCUUUGGAUCGUAACCCAAGCGAAGUGGAUUUGGCGCAAGAAAAUGUUAUACAAGUAGCUGCCUUACUUAAAAAGUUCCUUCGUGAUUUGCCUGAUCCUUUAAUGACCCAUCGCUUGCAUCCAUUGUUUAUGUGUAUUGAGAGAAUCGAAGAUCCUUUAGAACAAAAGAGAGCAUUACAUUUAGCAUGCUGUAUGUUGCCUCGAUGUAACCGUGCUACAAUGGAAGUCUUGUUUGUCUUUUUCAGAUGGGUGGCAUCAUUCUCUCAUGUUACAGGUGAUGUUGGUAGUCGUAUGGAUAUUCCUAAUCUGGCUCGAGUUAUUGCACCAAAUAUUCUGACAGCAAAUCAUAAAGAUCCACUCAAGGACGACUCAUUUGCAUCUAUUCGAGUAGUAGAAAUAUUAUUGGAAUCCUAUGAAGAGUUUUGCUUGGUGCCUGAUGAUUUAGAAAUUUUCUUAGAGGACCCUAAUCUUAGUGAUGUUGAUAUCUCGCCCAAGGAAUUCUUGAAACGAGUAGAACAAACAGUGAGACAUAAGCACAAUCCUAAUGCAAGCUCUUCAUCAAAAGUAAGCCUGCAAUCUACUGCACAAGAAGGCAUCAAACUCUUUGAUGGUACAGUCACAGAUGGUCGUCAACAUCCCCCUACGUCCAUUUAUGCACAGCAGCAAUUUUUACCCUAUACCAAUAACCAUCCCAAUUCAGAUUUUGUGCCUCAACAACUCAACAUGAGAUACCACCAUACUAACAACAAUACCAUUUCUCCUCCUCGUCGUAUGGAUAGUCAUGAAUCAUUUGCUUCUCAUCAUCCUCAACCUUACGACGCACAAUCAUCACCAAAACAUAGAUACGUUCCUCAUUAUCAACAACAGCAACAGCAACAACAUUACUAUCAACAGCAAUCACUAGGUAAUGGUCCCCAUCCUAAUCCUACUACCUCUGCUGCUAUUCCUGCUCCUUCUCAUUAGUAUUGUACAAAAAGAAAGAAAGAAAAAGAGGAGAGCUUGUCUUUUUAUUACCGUUAUUAUUUGUUUGUUUUAUUUCAUGACAUUUCAUAUCACACAAGUACUCGUCACACAUCUCACUCUUCUUUAUUUUCGCUUCGUAUCCUUAUUCAACAUUAUACAUAUAUAUAUCCUUAAAUACACAUACAUAUAUA